GAGCCCAGCGGACCGCGCCAGACCCACACGGAGCAUCGCGGCGGCGGCGGCGGCAGCAGCAGCAACAGGCGGCGGACUUGGCGGGUUGACGGAGGCGGCGAAGGGGCGGGGAGCGUGAGGAGGAGCGAGCCAGCCCCGCGCCGCCGCCUCUUCCCCGCCGCAUGGACGAGCACCUCAGCCUCCUGCGCUCGCCGCCGCCGCCGCCGGCCGCCCGCCACCGCGCCCACCCUCCGCAGCACCCCGCGAGCCGCGGCGGCGGCGGCGGCGGCGCCCGCACGCUGGUGAACCCCGGCUACGCCGAGCCCGCCGCGGGCCCCGAGCUGCGGCCCGACAUGACGGUGGUGCCCGCGGACCACCUGCUGGAGCCGGAGGCGGCCGACGGCGGCGGGGACCCGCCUCAGGGCGGCUGCGGUGGCGGUGGCGGUGGCGGUGGCGGCGGCGGCUGCGACCGCUACGAGCCGCUGCCGCCUGCGCUGCCGGCCGCCGGCGAGCAGGACUGCUGCGGGGAGCGCGUGGUCAUCAACAUCUCGGGGCUGCGCUUUGAGACGCAGCUCAAGACCCUCUGCCAGUUCCCAGAGACGCUGCUGGGCGACCCCAAGCGGCGCAUGAGGUACUUCGACCCGCUCCGCAACGAGUACUUCUUCGACCGCAACCGGCCCAGCUUCGACGCCAUCCUCUACUACUAUCAGUCCGGGGGUCGCAUCCGCCGGCCGGUCAAUGUGCCCAUCGACAUCUUCUCCGAGGAGAUCCGCUUCUACCAGCUGGGCGAGGAGGCCAUGGAGAAGUUCCGCGAGGACGAGGGCUUCCUGCGGGAGGAGGAGCGGCCCCUGCCCCUCCGGGAUUUCCAGCGCCAGGUGUGGCUGCUCUUCGAGUACCCGGAGAGCUCCGGGCCGGCCCGGGGCAUCGCGAUCGUGUCCGUGCUCGUCAUCCUCAUCUCCAUUGUCAUCUUCUGCCUGGAGACGCUGCCUGAGUUCCGCGAUGAGAAGUACUACCCUGCCUCGCCGUCGCAGGAGCUGUUCGAGGCGGCCAGCAACAACACGUCGGGGGCACCCGCGGGAGCCUCCAGCUUCUCGGAUCCCUUCUUCGUGGUGGAGACCCUGUGCAUCAUCUGGUUCUCCUUUGAGCUGCUGGUGCGGUUCUUUGCUUGCCCCAGCAAAGCCACCUUUUCGCGAAAUAUCAUGAACCUGAUAGACAUCGUGGCCAUCAUCCCUUACUUCAUCACUCUGGGCACUGAGCUGGCUGAACGACAGGGCAAUGGACAGCAAGCCAUGUCCCUGGCUAUCCUGAGGGUCAUCCGCCUGGUAAGGGUCUUCCGCAUCUUCAAGCUCUCCCGCCACUCCAAGGGGCUGCAGAUCCUGGGGCAGACGCUGAAGGCUUCCAUGCGGGAGUUGGGACUGCUCAUCUUUUUCCUCUUUAUUGGGGUCAUCCUCUUCUCCAGUGCAGUCUACUUUGCCGAGGCAGACGACCCCACUUCAGGUUUUAGCAGUAUUCCAGAUGCCUUCUGGUGGGCCGUGGUAACCAUGACAACAGUGGGUUACGGUGACAUGCAUCCAGUGACCAUAGGGGGCAAGAUUGUGGGGUCACUCUGCGCCAUCGCUGGUGUCUUGACCAUUGCUCUGCCAGUCCCUGUGAUUGUUUCCAACUUCAAUUACUUCUACCACCGGGAGACAGAAGGGGAAGAGCAAGCCCAGUACAUGCACGUGGGAAGUUGCCAGCACCUCUCGUCUUCAGCCGAGGAGCUCCGGAAGGCGAGGAGUAACUCGACUCUGAGUAAGUCGGAGUAUAUGGUGAUCGAAGAGGGAGGUAUGAACCAUAGCGCUUUCCCCCAGACCCCUUUCAAAACGGGCAAUUCCACGGCCACCUGCACCACGAACAAUAAUCCCAACUCCUGUGUCAACAUCAAAAAGAUAUUUACUGAUGUUUAAUAUAUAAAACAAGUGACAUGCUGUGCUCAGUAUUGUGUGGAACUUGCCCCCUUGGUCUGUGUAUGCCCUUGUUUUAUACAUUUCCAGACCAUUCAUCAAUGAAAGGACAUGAAGAAGUGGAAAGCACACUUCAUUCUCCCUCUCCCUACUGCUUCAUACUGAAACAGGUGUCUGUUUUGCAAGUGGGCUGCAUUCUCUCAGCUCUCUUAUUUUUUUCCCCUCUCCCUCUCAAUAUUUCCGACAACAAACUUACUUUAAACUUGAUUUUUAGUACAAGCUCUGUAAAAAAAAAAAAACUGUACAUCCCGGGAGGAAAUGAAACUAAAGAACAGUUAGAGUAACUGUUUAACCUCAGAAUCGAAAAGCAGUUGUUUGUUUACUAAGUAAAGCAGGCACAUACUUAAAUGAUGCUUCAGUUUGAUGGACCCUUCAACAUUAUUGAAUAUUUAGUUCAGUUGCCUACACUGUGGAUAUGUGGAUGAAAAGUCUAAUUAGAACAAUGAGUUGUAAACCCACCAUAAGUUUAUUUGGUUUUCAACUGGAAUUUCCAUUUGCAACACCCCCCUCCUGAAAAUUUAAGGAUCUCUACGAUUUUGAACAAAGGGAAGUGCCCAAGAUGCUCUGAUCUGACUCAAUAAUUUAACUCUUUGGGACUUGGUAAGCAUUUCGAAAGUAUUAGACUAACAGAUUCCUGUGAAAUUCUGUGUGCACUCCAGCUAACAUCUAUCAAAGUCUAGAAACAGAUGUUUUCAGUGCUGCUGAGAGAAACAAAAAAAUUUCCUAAUGCGUCUGAGAGAUAAUCUUCUGCAGUAUCACAAGAAGAUUAAAGUGGCAGACACUCCUUCCAGCGGAAGUUACUAAUUCGGACCUGACUGAUGCAGUUCCCAUAGCAACCCAUGUUUCCCAGGAAACCCGAAAAAGGUUGUCAUGGCAUCUCUUGCUCUCUAGCCCCACCCCCUAGCCCCUGCCGUUUCCACAGUAACCUUUCCAGAUGGUUCCUACUUACAGGAUUUCACAAGGAAAACCACUGUUUAAAUAAACCGCACAAAUAAAGUUAAGUCUGAGAAUCCAAGGUGGUGAAAUGAAUCACAAAAUGCAUAUUUUUACUGCCAGAAAAUCACUGAUGUCAUCCCAUAAUGACUGAAUCAAAAAGGAAAAUAUCGUCAUUGGAAUGUUAAAUAUACACCACAAUAAGCCGUGAUUUGAAUUAAAUGCCAGUAAUUGGGCAAUCAUUUUAAAAGAUGCUUCUCUACUGUUUUCUUUCCCCAAGAAGUUUCAAGCCAACAAAUGAAAUUUAAAAACAAAUGUAAAAGUGUUCUGCACAUAAACAAAUGAAAGAUUCAAUCAGUAUACCUGAAAUCUUACCACAAGGGACCUUCAGAUAUCCUCUUUAAAAAAAAAAAACAAUUCAGAUUCCACAACAACACUGUCAGCAUCACAGUGCUUGAAAAACUAAAUAUACUUGAAAAAUACAAAGGAUGCACACUUUUAACUGAAGGAAUUGCAGACAAGCAAUAAAAAAGAGGGACGGGAAGUAACCAAACCUUGGGAAAAUACCUGCAAGUUUCAUCCAUAUGCCAGGGGUUGCCAGAAGACAGACAGAAUCAGAUACCUGAAGAGCCUCACAUAAGGAACUGUAGAGCAGCACUGACCGGUAGGAUGCUCUUUUUAAAUUGCCUAAAUCAAGAAUACAGUGUUGGUUAUAUCGCUGAUGGGCAGUGAUCUGUCUGCCAGCACAUAUUUUUGUUUCAGUCGACAUUAAAUAACAUGCCUCUGACAUAUAAAGGAAACAGCUCUGAAGCUGGAAGAUUCUCUUCAAAUUGUGUGCAAUAUACAAGAUAUUGACCAAGAGAGAAAGAAGAACAUUAAAAAGAUUAAGGUAUCAUUUCAACCUUUUGACAUUUUGAUGGAAUUUAAUCAUCCAAAAACUAAUCUCAGUACUGCUGAUAAAGAAAGCCUAAAUGUUUGUUUCCAACAAGCCAGCUUAUUACUGGUUUUUUUUCUUUUGGUUAAUUACUGGACUGUGUUUAAUCAUGAUGUAUAUUAAUGUUACCUUCUAUGCUCUGGGUUGUGUGCAACUUUAUUUGUGAAAGUGUGUUUUUUACCAAAGGCUCUCCUACAUAAAUUAGCCCUUUUAUAUGUAAAUAAGUGAAGUCUAAACUGUGCCCAGAUAAAUGGUAUUAAAGACAGACUUGUCUAAAAGAAAUGUGCCUUGCUUGGUUAAACACUCUUUUAUUUUUUUGAUUCAAAAAUGAUAGAUUUGCAAAUUAGUCUUGUAGGUAGGUUUUAGCUGAGCUUAACUUUAAUGAGUGUAUUAGUACUUACAUGUUUAAGUUGUCUAUCUUAACUAAAGUUUUAGUAUUUAGUUAUACUUUUCAACAGUUCAUAGAUAAUAUACUCAUUUAAUUUAGUUUUCAUGCGAUGUUUGGUGUGGUGAGACAAAGCACAUUCUUAAAAGAUAUAUACAGUAUUUCAUCUAAUGUUUAUAGAAUUUCCUUAAAAAGCUGUACCUGUAAAAGUUUCUUGACUCAUUUUCUAUUUUUAUAUUCUUUUAGAAAUGGAACUUUUUUCAGUUAAAAAGAAAAGCAAAGUUUUAUUUGGAAAAGAGAUUUAGGAGGUCAUGAAAAUGAUUUCCCUUUUGAGGACAUUUCACUUCUGUGCCAUUAUUAAUGUAUUUACUGUGACAUUUCAGCAGAAUGGUAGCUAUUUGUAUAUUAUUUAAUAAGCCUUAUGGAAAGUCAAACUGUGAACAUUUAGUAUAAAGAAGACUUUUUUUCAUUUCCAUAUUUUAUUUUCAAAAUACACCUGAACAAAUGCAUAAAACUAAUCUCCUAUUAUUCAAAUACAUAACAACUUUCAGUCACUAUCAAAAUACUGUGGUAGGAAAGCCAAGAUUAUAGUACUUUUUGAUACACUGUAGAAGGAAAUUCAGGUGAUGAAUUUCAUUGUUAAUAUGUAAGAAUCAGUAACUGAAACAGUUUUAUACCUACUGGUAGCAAAGGUGAUAGGAGAUAGAAUCCAGGUAACUUUCUUUAAGGCAACAUCUACAAUGGAUUUUGCACACUUUGCUGGUAAUUUCUCUGUGGUCAAAACUUUGAGACCAGAUCACUCUAGAAAAUAAUGAAGUAAGAGAAUGACAGCUGUCUCAGAUUUGAGCUAUGUGAACCUCCAAGCUGGGUAAUUUGUGAUUAAAGUGAAAAUAUAGCCACCACCGUGUUUUUGUUCUGUGUUAGGCCACGUAGUAGAGACACUGGCCCAGAGAACAGUCAGUCCAUUUCCAGCCACCUCAAUACUCCUAAGCGAUGAUCACAGCCUGGUCACAUCAGCUAUCGGGAUCACCAAUCACCUGUCCUAAUAGGAGGUCUUAGACAUGCAGACAUUUUAGUAAGGAUCAGAAGGUGUUACCAAAAUAGACACGGGAGCUACCUUCAUCAAACACCAAUGAGACAACCUUAAACAUUAUGGUAUGUUUAAUAUCAUGUCUACAUUAUUAUUACAGGCUACAGUUUCAAAUAAAGGCAAAACCUGAACCUUUGCAAUAAAAGCACAGAGUGGUACCAGAUGAGGAAACUGUCAUGUCAAAUAUGGGUAGUAAAAAUAGUAUUGUUCUAGGAGACCGGAAUUCUUACCCAUUUUCUGCCUGUGGGACCCUAGAUAAGUCACUUCCCACCGCGAUGCUUCAGCUUCCUAAUUGCCAAAUGGGUGUUCUGGGUUAAAUAAUCUCCAAAGCCCUUUCCAGCCCCCAAAUUUCCAUUUUAUUCAUUUGAAAGGGUUUUGAAGAAUACUUAAGUACUCAGAUUUCCUUAUGUAUUUCUGAAGGAAAAAAAAUAAAUUGAAAUAAGAUUUAAGUCUUGAAAGUGUCAUAAACGUACCAUUCUUCAAAUUGAUUGUGAGAGAAGAAAUUGGAUUUUUUUCCAUCUCUAAGAAUUGUUACUGGUCUAUGAUGGGAUCAUGAAGAAGGAGAAACAUCACUCUGCAGAAUGGAAACAGACUAAUGAAAUACCUGGAAAGGAAGAGAGGUUAUUUUUUUAAUUUAACUUGAUGUAAGGUGAUUUGAACUCAUGUGUGAAAUGCUAAAACUGUACCAGAGCUUUAUCAUACUCAACAUUAUAACCCUGGGAGUAAGAGAAGGUGGGAAAAAGUCGGAGAGAUAGGAGUGUUUGCCUCAUGAGCUCUUGAUUCUUUCCGCAUGAGCAGCAGUUUGGUAGCGUAAGCAGGUGUCUGUGCUUCCGUGCUGGCUCUGCCAGUAACUCUCCCGUGCCCUAGGGAAGUCCCUUUAACCUCUCUGAGCCUCAUUUCUUUAUAUGUGCAGUGAAGACUUUAAAUUUAGUAAUCUGUCUGGUUCUUUACAUCUUUGAAAAUUCUGCAUCAUUUUCAGAUUGUUAUAAUAAACAUGUCCAUGUCCUGCUCCCCUACAGUCACUAAGAUGCAUAUAUCUCUACUCAUGUGACUGAACAGACUGCAAAUCCAAACAUUCAUGUCUCCAAUAUUGCUAAUUGACCUCGGCAAGACGUAAAACACGUAAAUAUUUUGAUGUUGACCACAGCUUAAUUCUUAUGAUUUAUCAUUUCAUCUUUUGAUGUUGUUAUCUAAAUGAAAUGUCUGUUCAGGUGAACUUUCGAUUUAAAUUUUUUGUAGUUGAAUAAACACUUGGUGAAUCAGAAUUAAAUAUAUUAUUGCUUACAAAGGAACUGUAGGUGAUUGUAAGGUGCAUUUUUGUCCCAUUUAAAAGUUAAUAUUUGGUCCCAGAAACAACGACUAUAAUUUAAAAUAAUAUUCACUAAAUUUUGUAAACUUUUGUGACUACAAAAGAGGCUGGAUGGAGCCAUAUUGUAAUUAAUUUUGCUCAGGAGUGAGAAACAAAAUUCAGGGAUAACCCAAACGCUUCUGUUUGGCUUUAGUGGACAGCUGGAAAAAGAAAGGUUAUAGGUUUUGCACAACAUAGGUAAGAAAUGAUUAUACCUGUUGUAAAAGAAGAGUAUAUUCUGGUUGCUGGUUUUAUUAGGAUAGAAGGAUGCUAAAAUAUGGACACUAGGGAAAUUGUUAAAAUGAUAGCAGCCCAUUUGAAUAAUACAGAAAUAUUUUGUCAUACUAAGAUUAUUUGUCCAGAAGUAUAGUCUUAUAUCCUUCCAUUCAGAAAAGGGGGCAGUUUUUAAGGGCCUCUGUCAUAAUAGAAAAUGUGUGUUUUGACUAGUGGAGCAAUUCAUUAAAAUAUUUAAUCUGACGAUUUGGGUUAUGUGAAUCUGAAUUUUCACUUUAGAUGUAAUCGAGUCUCUUCCGUAUUAGUGUUAGUGAUCUUUGUAAGAAGUAAUUUUAUCCGUUUUUUAAAAGUUGAUGAAAUUUACUAAUGGUGAUUCUAGCAUAUUGUGUUAAUAGCAUAUCUUACAACAAUUUGUGAACAGACCAUACAGAACCAAACCAUAGUAGUAUCUCUUCUGGUAAAUUGUUUCCAUGGUGUGAUCUCAUAAUACUGGGUUUAGGGUGCAGAGGUUAAGUAUUUAGUUUACUUAAAACUAACUGUUCAAAGUGUUUUUCCUAAAUGCCAUAAAAUUGUAUGAUUAUAAGCCAAAUAGGAAUAUCCUAUUAAGGACACUGUAUAGACCAUUUUUGGAACUACCCCAUAAAAUGAUGUAAUUUCUGUUAAAAAGUUGCUUCACAUACAAGGGAAAGCAAACAGUGUAUGUAGUAUUUCUAUGUAAUAUACCAAAUGUUUUUGAAUCCAUUUUGGAAAUCUUAUACAGAGAGAUGGUAAUUAUGCAGAUAUCAGAAUAACAAAUACAACUACAACACUUCAGUGUUUUCAUAGAGUUGUGUAACAUUUGUUUAUUGUCUCAUACUUUGCAAAGAUCAUUCACAUACCGUAUUUAAUCUUUAAAAUACCUAUAUGAAAUAAUAAUACUAUCUGAAGUUUGGAGAUUAAAUAACCAGGGUUUAGAAAGAUUGUGACUUUUCCAAGAUCAUCUGACCAGCAGAUGACCUUAAAGCCCACGUUCUUUCCACUUUUCAUUUUCCUAUAUCACUUCCAUUACCUUCAAAAUUUUGACUAAAAUUUAGUUCUAAUUGAUACAUCGGAGAAAUUCAGGUGUUAGCUACAAGGCAUUGUUGCUGUUAUUGUCAGACCUUUUCAGGUAUUUCCAAAAUACAGUCCUCCCACAGGGUGAUAGCCAGACAUCUUCCAUCUAAAACAUAUUAAGUCCCCACAGUCUGACCACCGACACUAAAUCUGUAUGAUGUCAAAACGCUAGACUGAAAAAUUAUCUUCUUCCUGAUCUCCUUUCUAAUUUCCUUUUUUAAAAAUCCGUCAUAAUGCCUGGUUUCUGAACAGUUGAAAGAAGCAAUAAUCAACCCAAGAAACUGCAGACAUUCUAAUUCAGAGAAAAUAUCGUUUGAGACCCACCAUGUUAAUUGCUUUUCAGCCUGUGGUUUUUCAUCCCAUGUAUUCUGGGACUAGGGGGGACAGGGAAGGGGGAGUGGGUAGAAAAUCUAUCUUUAUUUUAAGAAAAGUCAUUACUUCCUGUAACUGUUCAGAAAAAAAUUGGUUAUCAAAUAUUAGAUAACAGAGUUAUUAACAUUUAGCCAUAGUUCAAAUAUAUGGUAAACUUUAUGCAUAUAUUUAAAAAUCUACUUAAGUAAUUUCCCAAAUAAAAUUAAAAUCUGAUGACUGCUCAGUUUGAAUCUGGAGAACAUUCAUGUGUUAAUCCAUGACAUAGUCGUAUAUUUUAAUUAUUUUUUCAAACAACAGAGAGACACUGUAACUGCUUUCCCUUGUAAAUCAACAGUUUGUGAUACAUUCUGUACUUUUACUGACUAGCAAUGCAGUGUUACUGUGAAUAAUUAAGUGGAACAUAAGCUAUAGUAUAUCAGAAUUUAAAAUUUUGUUACCUUAAAUUUCAUUCUCCUCAUCAAACAAAUAUUAUUUUGUAUGGAAUGAAAUCAUAAUUAUUCUUAAACAAUGACAUAAUAAAUAAUGGAAUUCCAAAUAAAGUAUAAAAUCAAAUCAUAUUUUAUAUUUUUCUAUAUUUGUCUUCCUUUGACAUUGAAUUAUGUUGAUUUAUCACAUAUCAAUGUAAAGUUAAAUUAAAGCUCUUAUGCCA